AUGAAUGAAAAUUAGUUAAAGGUUCUUUUUUUGUAUGGUAGUAAUAGUGUGAUAUUUAAUUUAUAUAAUAAAUGAUUGUAUAUAUUUAAAUAGUGAUUUAGAAGUGAGAGUGAUUUAAGAAGAGAUAGUUGAUUUGGGAUAACUUUAGAGAAACAAGAAUAUUUAGAAGAGGAUGAGAUAGGGAUAAUAGAAAAAUAAUAAAAGAAUAUUAAUAAAUAAAAAUUUAAUAAAUUUAGAUCAUAUCUUUGAUAUAUCUUUUGAUGUAUCUUAGAAAGUGAAGAUGGAAAUCAAAAGUAGUCCGGUAAGAAAAUAGUUGAGGAAUAUGGUGUAGAAAAUGAUUCUUGACAUGUGA